CGGCACCGGAAAAAGCGGAAUCAACGCAACAGAAUAUUUUUUGGGGGACGACGACGUUACAACGUUAUCUAAACGUCAUUACCGAGCGUUUUAGGGUGUUUCCAUCCCGUAUGCAAUGCUGAUUGAAUGUCUUGUCUGUCCAUCAACUCGUCCCCGGGAUGAUACUGCAGAGAGAGUGCCGCUAGCUCGGUAGUAGCAUUAGCGUUAAACGUGGAUGACGGCUACUGUACACCGGAACGUCCUAUCAUCUGGACCACAGAAGAAUCAGCUGUCAUCAUUGAAUCAUUCGACUACAGCCAAAGGGGCCUUCCAAGGGACGACAAUCCAUCCUUGUUACAAGAAGAUAAUCGACGUUGCCAAAAACAUGAAUCGUUACUGCACCCUGAACAACAACUUUCCCAAUGACAACAACCUCCUGGUCCUGGACAUGGUGCUGAGCUCUCUCUGGAGCGUUCCACAGCCCAUCAACUGGGACAACGUGGCCAUGCUGGUCCCUGGCUUCACACCCAAGGAGUGUGCGCAGAGGUUCGAGGAGCUGAAGAGCACCGGAGGGUUCCAUCACGUGGACGACCAAUGCAACGCGCUGACGGCAGGAGGCUCCUCCCCUGUGGACUACAUCAAAUCCACACUAUUGGACACCACGGGAGACGUGGGGGAGACGCGGACCAAUCAGAGCUCCAUCUCAGUGACGGGCCUGGCGGUGAACCCUUCCAGAGGAAGAAGCUCGGUGGAGAAGGAGAGCAGGGAGUCUGCAGAGGAGGGCGAGAAGCCCCAGGAGGGGAAAGGGCCCAAUAUGGUGAUCCACGUGUGUGACGAGGCUAAGAACCUGAAGCAGGACUUCAUGUGUCCCCGUGACCUUCUGAUCAACGAGAUGCGUUACUUUGCUGAGUACCUCUCUGUUGACACCCAGCGCUGGGAGGAGGUGGACAUCUCUGUGCACUGUGACGUGCAGAUCUUCGACUGGCUCAUGAACUACGUCAAGAGGCACAAAAUGGCCGUCGAUGGCAACCAUGACAAACCCAAGCUCGAGCCCAGCAAUGUGAUCUCAAUCCUCAUCUCCUCCGAGUUCUUGAAGAUGGACACGUUAGUGGAGGAGUGCAUCCAGUACUGUCACAAGCACAUGAGUGCCAUCGUGGCCACACCCUGCAACAUGAACUGCAUCAACAGUAACCUGGCAGCGGACAUGUCUGACCUCUUCAGCCACAACGAGGCAGACGACAUCACGGACAGAAAAGACAAGUUCAAAAGUAAGUUAUUCCAGAAGAAAAUUGAGUGUCUCUUCGAUCCUGACUAUAAGAACCGGGACUCCCCAGGCAACGCAGCAACUCUGUACAGGUGUGCUCUGUGCCUGAAACUGCUGACCAAGGACACAGAGCGGAAGAUCUCCUGCAUCCCAGGGAAGAUCAACAUCAACCCUCGAGGAGACAUCACCUACACUCACAGCAGGCAGAAGAGAUGGGAGGUCCAUGAUUACAUGACAGGACUGUAUGAGGAGCUGAAGUCCUGGGUGCUGGUCUACUGGAGGAUCUGGGGAACCAUCAACCACCUCACCUGCUCCCACUGCCAACAGGUGUUUGUGUGUGCGGAGCUGUCCCACUGUCGGUAUCACCCAGAGGUUGUGUUGUACCCAGGCAUGGGGACAGAGCAGGGCUGGCACGGGACGGGCAUCUACCCCUGCUGCAACCAGAGGACGCUACGCUUUGACCCCACCGGCAUUCCCAAGGGCUGUAAGAUGCGGGACCACAUAGUGAAUGUGUCAGACAGUGGAGACUGUACUGGGGACCACCAGGUAAACUCAGCCCAGACCAGACUGCUCAACGACCUGCUACUACACAGAGAGACAGUGUGUGUACCCAACACACCCCUACCAGAGACAGGGCCUGUAGACUCCCCCUCCAGUGGGUCAGAUAGGGGGGAGCGGGUACUGGACUGUGACAUCCUGGUAGAGCCGGGGCUUCUGGGACUUCAGAGAGUAGAGGGCACCACUUUUUCCCUGUUGAAAAACUGGAGCCGGCAACUGAGGCAGCAGACGCUGCUCUCUGAGGAUGAGGAGUAUACCACGGGGUCAGAGGUCACUGAGGAUGAGGUGGGGGAUGAAGAGGAGGCCAGCAAGAAACAAGCUGCUAAGAAGGCCAAGAAGUUGAGCAAACCUUUGAAGAGGCAGAUGUCGUCUCCCAAUUUCCAUCGCAAAGAGAAAGCAGUGGAGAAAACUCCUUCGAGAGACAACACUCCAUUCAGAGUGAGUGCCCAGAAGAGUAAAUGGGACAGCUCUCGCUCCAUUCGCUACAACCAAGACGCCCAAAGAGAGGAAGACCAGCGGCGUAUGGUGGAGAUCAUUGGUCAUCUGACUAAGAUUAGGUUCGGUGAUCAGGAACAGAGGAAGUCGAAGGACACUAAAGACCGUGCAGCAGGGAUCUACUCCAGACUAGAGGCCCAGUUCAAGUCCUCCUCCCAGGCCAGGGGACGACAGAGUGGCCCUGAGAAAACCCUCAGAGUGAAGCCACGCUCCAGCCAAGCUCGAACCACAUAGAUAUUGGAAAGAGGAGGAGGGAAGGAGGAAGACAAGAGGGAGAAAAGGAGGAGGGAAGACAAGAGGGAGAAGGAGGAUGGAAGACAAGAGGGAGAAGAGGAGGAUGGAAGACAAGAGGGAGAAGAGGAGGAUGGAAGACAAGAGGGAGAAGAGGAGGAUGGAAGAGAAGAGGAGGAGGGAAGACAAGAGGGAGAAGAGGAGGAGGGAAGACAAGAGGGAGAAGAGGAGGAUGGAAGACAAGAGGGAGAAGAGGAGGAGGGAAGACGAGGGAGAAGAGGAGGGAAGGAGGAAGACAAGAGGGAGAAGAGGAGGAGGGAAGACAAGAGGGAGAAGAGGAGGAUGGAAGACAAGAGGGAGAAGAGGGAAGGAGGAAGACAAGAGGAGGAAGGAAAAGAGAGAGGAGCAGAGGAGGAAGAGGGAGGAAAUCAGUGGAGCAAACUGACCCAAAUUGGUACUGGCAACCUGGCAGCAGCUAACCCUCUCAACCCCAUCUUGCUCCAAUGUGCCCCUGUUAAAAAUGUGUGCCUGUAUUCAUAAAGAGCCUAAGAGUAGAAGUGCUGAUCUAGGAUCAGUUUCUCUUAGAAUAUACUGAAUGGACAGGGGAGACCUGAUCCUAAAUCAGCCCUCCUCCUCUGAGACACUUGAUAAAUACAGGCCCUGGUCCUGCAUUGGUCGUCUUUAGUUCAGGAGGCCUGGUUUUGCCGUAGGCCUUUCUAGCCCACUUAGAACCCAGUCUAGAACCCAGUCCAGCCCGUCAGCCUGACUCAGGUGACUUUGUAUCGAUCACAUCUCCUCCUACCUCCCAUUAACUCUAUAUUACAAUGCAAUAGGUCACCUAGCUCUAAACCUGUACGCCAUAGAAUAUAAUAGACUUUAACAUAGAAGCUACCUUGUGGUGAGUAAUAGGAGUGGUGAGCAGUAGGUAGAUGAUGGUUUAAUGAAAUGCCCGUUGUUUCUAUUUCUAUAUCUGUCUGUGUUGGCCGUAUCGCACACUACUGGGCCUAAGAGGACAUGGGUGGACGGAGGCAGUCAGAAAUAAAAGUUACAUUCCCACCA